AUGCCAGCUCCCGCCGAUUUCAAGAACCGCUACGUAUCGACUGGCGGCGAAGGAUGGAACAUUACCGAGAAAAAUUCCUCUCUCCCUAGUGGAAUCGACAUGGGUGCGGUGGCCGGUACCACGGACGGUGGAUUUGGUGGCUUUGAUGUUAGCUCCUGGGAAGUCUGGUUGAAUGGCGACGGCGAGGUCAACUGGGACACUGUCUACAUGUUUGGGUACCAGGCCAUCGAUGAGCUUAGUCGGAUCGGCAAGGAAUUCACCAAGUCCUUCUACAACAUGUCAGACACCAAGCUCUGGUCUUACUACGAUGGUUGCUCGGAGGGAGGCCGCGAGGGCUGGAGCCAGGUCCAGAUCGGAGCUGAUCUUGACGGUGCCGUCAUCGGAGCCCCAGGCAUGCACUUCUCCUUUCAGCAGAUUCAGCAUCUGUGGUCUCAAUUUGUCGAGUACCAGCUCAAUUACUACCCGCCAUAUUGUGAGUUGGAGAAGAUUGUCACUCUCACCACAGAUGCCUGUGAUCAUCUGGACGGCCGGGUAGAUGGAGUGGUCGCUCGCACGGACUUGUGCAAGCUGCAUUUCAACUUGAAUUCGACCAUCGGUGAAGCCUAUAGCUGUGGCUCAUCGGCCGAGAUCCCCAAUUUCAUGCCUUAUAUCCCAGCUCAAAAUGGAACCGUGACUGCAGAGGGUGUGGCUGUCGCUCGGGAGAUCCUCAAUGGUGCACAUGACAACCUUGGCCGACGCAUUUACAUGUCCUACCAACCUACAGCUUCUUUUCAGGAUGCUGUCACUUCCUAUAACGAGACCACUGGAGAGUAUGGUGCAUACUUCGUUGAGCAGUCCGCCCAGUGGAUUGAGAUUGGGCUGAAUCUGUUGACCAACGUUUCAGCUCUUUCUAGCUUUGAAGGCGUGACAAGGGAUACCUUCCGUGACUGGAUUGCCACUGGCUUCCAGAGAUACUACGAUUCCCUCGAGACCACCUGGCCUGACCUUUCAGUUUGGCACAACGCCGGGGGCAAAGUUCUUCACUACCACGGCGAGUCAGACCCCCAGGUUCCAACCGCUGGCUCAGUUUGUUACUAUGAGUCGGUCCGAAGCAUCAUGUACCCCGAUCUCUCCUACAACCAGAGUGUUGCCGAACUGAAUGAUUGGUACCGUCUGUUUCUCAUUCCUGGCGGCGCUCACUGCGGCUCAAAUAGCCUUCAACCCAACGCUCCGUGGCCGGAGACUACCUUGGCCACCCUGAUUGACUGGGUUGAGAAGGGAAUCGAGCCGAAGACACUUAAUGGGACUGUUCAGUCUACUGGUGCUCAGCAGCAAAUCUGUGGUUGGCCCCUCCGUCCAUACUGGACCAGCAACGGUACUCAGUUCCAAUGCGUCUAUGACCAGGACUCCCUUGAUACCUGGAAGUACGACCUCGAUGCGUUCAAGAUGCCGAUCUUUUGA